AUGCCACAAACCCCGGACUACUACAAGAUUCUCGGAGUCGCCCGUGAUGCUACUCAGCAGCAGAUCCGUUCCGCGUACAAAAGGGAAUCGCUGAAAUCCCAUCCAGAUCGCGUGCCCGCAGACUCUCCAGACCGACCUGCUCGAACCCGGAAGUUCCAGGAAAUCAACGAUGCCUACUACACUCUCUCCGACCCAAACCGGCGCAAAGAAUACGAUGCUACCUGCGCUUACGAAGAGGCUGAAGAAGAGGUCGACGACGAGGUCCCACAGGGCGGGCCUAGCGGGUUCUCAUGGUCGAGCUUUGGGUUUGGCAACCGCGACGAACGUGACUCCGAACAAUUUGGCUCUGUAUUUGAGGAGAUGUUGCGUGAGGAAGGCCUGGCGGAAGAAGGAAAUAAUGGACGAAGCCGCCCCACCUCCCGAUUCUGGGGGAUUGUGGGUGGCGUGAGUGGUGGCGCUCUGGGGUUUAUCGUGGGUAAUGUUCCCGGCGCACUCGCUGGUGCUGUGGCGGGUAAUCGUCUCGGAGCAGUCCGUGAUGCAAAGGGGAAAAGUGUGUAUGAGGUUUUCGUGGACCUUCCGCAGCCAGAUCGGGCCCGCCUCUUGAGUGAAUUGGCGGCCAAGGUCUUCCAGACCACAAUGGGGCGUUGA